AUGGCACCUUACGUUCAAGAACCUCCUGGCGACGAUUCUGUUUCCAAGACUGAUUUCCACUCUAAAAUUGUGACGCCCAACCACCAGCCAGCCCUCAAACCCGUCGCGGAUGACUUUAUGUACGACUUCAGAUAUAACCAUAGUCUUCCGACCACCGACAUCCUAGGCAUUACGAUCCCUACUGAUUGUGACGCCCGGAAGGAGGCUGAGGGUAUCGUAACAUGCAUUUCUACAGCCACAUCAGAGGGAGACGCAAAAUCCUUCGCUGAGUUGUUCCUAGACUAUGGCGUUUGGCGCGACAAGCUCUCAUUUACUUGGGACUUCCGCACCUUUAACUUUAAAGAGACCAUUCUAAAAGCUGCUACAGAUCUUUUUACCCAGACUACGGCUAGAAAUUUCAAAUUUCUCGAGCCUGCACCUUCGGUAUCUCGGCCUUACCCCGACUUUGCUCAAUUGCAAUUUGCUGUCUCCUUCGAAACUGAAAUUGUCCUUUCUUCGGCCGUUAUCAAUGCAGUCCUUACUCAAAAUGGCUGGCGGAUUUAUACUAUGCAUACAGUUGCGGAGAGUCUCAAAGGCUUUCCUGAACAGGCUGUACCAGAUGGCCAUAUGACUGGUAUCACCAGCUGGGAGAGACAGCGGUCGGACGCUAUCAACUCUGUUGAUCCUGAGGUGUUGAUCAUUGGAGGUGGUCAAAACGGUCUAGCCAUGGCAGCACGAUUGAAAGCUCUCGGCAUGGAAAACUUGAUCAUCGAACGUACUGACGAAAUUGGAGAUAUCUGGAAGGACCGUUAUGAAUACCUUUCACUACAUUUCCCCCAUUGGCCUGAUGCCCUUCCAUACUUUAAAUAUCCUGAACGCUGGCCCACAUAUACUCCGGCUCAGAAGCAAGGUUUAUAUAUGAAAUGGUAUGCCUCCGCUCUCGAGCUCAACGUCUGGAACAGAUCAGAAAUUGUGAAAGCCGAGCAGGACGCCGAGAGUAGGUGGACCAUCGUGAUCAACAAAGAGGGAAAAGAGGUCCGUACACUGCAUCCAACGCACCUCAUUAUGGCAACAUCACUGUGUGGUGUUCCUUCAAUCCCGGUUGUGCCUGGUAUGGCUGAAUUCAGGGGCGUGAUCCGUCACUCUAGCGCCCAUAAGAGUGCCCGGGAAUUCCUCGGAAAGAGGGUCUGCGUCGUUGGCACUUCAUCCUCAGGCUUUGAUACAGCAUACGAGUGUGCCCGCCUAGGUAUUGAUGUCACUCUGCUUCAGCGAUCGCCGACUUAUAUUAUGUCUUUAACCCAUUCUGUUCCGCGAAUGCUUGGAGGUUAUGCGCCCGAUACAAAUGGCAGGUUUCCAAAUAUCGAAAUACAGGAUCGUUUCAUGUUCUCUACACCAACUGGACCAGGCGAGGAACUCGCUAGGCGCACCGCCAAGGACCUCGAGGAACUCGACAGACCUUUGCUUGAAGCUCUCAACGCUCGUGGCUUGCGAACAUGGCGCGGUCAGCGCGACACUGGAAAUUUUACGCUUGGUCAGACACGCAAUGGUGGUUUCUAUUUCGAUGCCGGUGCCUGCAAGGAAAUCAUCAAUGGAAAAAUUAAGGUAGAGGCAGGGUUCAUCGAGAAGUUCACCGAAGAUAAAGUGAUGUUGAACGGCGGCCGAGAGAAGAAAUUUGACCUAGUUGUCUUUGCCACGGGGUUUUCGAACACUAUCGACUCUAUUAAAGCCACUCUCGGCGAGGAAAUUGCUGGCAAAUGCGGUCCUAUCUGGGGCAUUGACGAGGAAGGAGAGUACAAGACCGCCUAUAAAGAGACGGGGGUGCCUAAUAUGUGGAUCAUGGUUGGAUUUCUUCCAAUGACCCGCUAUGCCUCCAAGUUACUGGCUUUACGAUUGAAGGCUCUCAAGGAGGGCAUUUCUCCAUUACCCUACAAGCUAUAG